GGCGGAGGCAAGAGCAGCGGAGGCUCCAAGGGCCGCGGCAGGAGGCGGCGGAGUACUACCGAGGCCACCGAGUGCCGCAGCGGAUGGAGGAAGCGCUCAACGCCCUCUUUCCCCAGCGCCCCGCGGAUCUCUAUGGGGAGCUGGUAGCGCGGGGAGGGGAAGCAGCGCGCAGGCGUCCACUGCCCGCCCCGGUGCCCCCUGAGGGAGACCCGGCCGGGUCGGGCUGAGGGGCCGCUUCCCUCCGGAGGGGUGAACGAGGCCGGAGAGGGCUCUCCCGGGCGAGCAGGGGCCUACCUGGCCCUGCUUCAGGGGCGAGGAACAGCGUGAAGGGAGAGGCCGUCAGUGGCCGCAUAGUGCUCCCCGAGGCACCCGUGGGUGCCCGCCGCACCGGGCCUUCCUGUAGCCCCCUCCCAGCUAGCUGGCACGGGUGCUGGGCUCCGUGUUUGCCCUCAGGCAAGGGGGGUGCUGCCUGCCUGCCCGCCCGCCCCCCCGCCCCAAGAGUUUGAUAAACCAACAGGUUGAUGUGAAGAACUCAACAUCUCUGUGAAUUAAAAUUAAGCUUUAAUAACUUCUUGCUGACUGAGGCAAGGUCUGUGAUGGUUUUGUGUAUGUCACCAGUGGCACUGAUGCUGGGCCAAAUACAUUUCUGCAGCAGUGGGGCUUUUUGACUUGUGCUGGUUGCUUUGUCUCAACACAGAGCUAAAGCAUGUUGCCUUGGGGGGGCACAGACAGACCUCCCAAAUAAAACCACUGCUCACUAUGGUGAUGUCUUGGGCCAGUGGCAACAAGAGACUGGGUGUUAGUCACACUGCAGCUGUUGCCAAAAAGCAAAUGGGCCUCACUGGAAGCGUCAGGAAUCAGACCAAUGUUGUCUGUUCCCAGUUGGCAAAAUGUUGUAGACAGUAGUCCCAAUGAAAUGUCUAUUAGUGGUGAUACUGGAAUUGCCAACACUGCAGUAGGGAGCAACUCAUGAAAAAAAAUAAUUUCUAGUAUGUUCUUUGAUGUGAAAAUGGUUGUAGAAAGGAAACAUUUCAUUACAUGUUACACUGUUUCCCAGUUUCCCAUCUCCAAGUGUUUUGCCACCACCUGUGUAAGGGUCUAGAACUGGUAACGCCGGUUCUUGCUUUGCUUGGUGUUUGGUGUGUUCCUCUUCUAUGUAGCUAUAAAAGUGCUUCCUCAUUUUCCCAUUUGCUAAGUCAUGGUUUAGUGACUAUCUCCAAUACUAGACUAAAGAAUGAAAAUAGUAAGCAAGUAUGUAGUAAACCUCAGGUAGCAAUCCUUUUUUUAAAGCAACAUUAGUGUUUAUUAAAUACGGACAGAACCCAAUAUAUUCUCAUCAUUGCUGAUGACAGUUCAACAGGCCCAUUAAAGACCAUGUUAGAUAUGUGUUGGAUCUGUUCCCUGGAAUCUCAUUCUUAAGCAGGCUAACUACUUCUCUAAAUUUUCAAAAGCUCCAGUAAUAUGCAAGUUAGUUGGAAGAAAAGUUCUUGAUGGAGUUGGUCAGCCAACAUUAGAAGUGGAAAUAUACUGUACAGUUAAAAACUCUGAGAAGAGGAUUUGUUCCACUGUAAUGUCUUCUCAUUCUCAAAUACCUGAAAAUGCUUUACCUGAAACAACUGAAGCUGAUGAGACAGAAAGAAAUGACUCUGUUAACACUGCUGUGGAAUGGGUGAAUGAAUCACUGAACACAAUGUUAAGAGACUUGAAGCCCACUGACCAGUGUAAAGUUGAUAAGAUGCUUGGUGAAUAUUUUACAAAAAAGGUAGAAGAAAAAAAAGAAAUUCAAAAGCAAGAAGAAGAAGUAAAAGAAGAAGCAGAAGCCACUCUUGCCCUUACUUCAUGCACUCCAUCAGCAACAGCACUGCCUGGGAAAAAAAAAGCCGCAAAAUCAGGAAGGAAGGUGGCAGUUGCAGAGAGAAUGAUCCCACCUGCAGAACCCGUUGAAUCAGUUCUUUGUGGCAGCUUAGCCAUUGGGGGAACAUCACUUGCUAUAGCUAAGGCUGGUGCCACCAUUAGCCAUAUCCCAUUGUACUUACAUAUUGCACUGCUGAAACAUGAUCAGGAUUCACCUAAAGAAAUGGCUCUACCACUCCCAAUGAUUACUCUGUUAAACUGUGAAAAAAAUUCACCUGCAAAACUGAAAUUAGUGAAAGAAGUUAUGCUUAUACCACCAGUUCAGUUAUCACUCAAACAGGGCAUAGAAAGAGUUCUGGAUAUUCAGAAAGAAAUGAUGAGACUGUUGGAGCCUCCAGGCAGAGCGCCCAGUCCUCAACUAGCAGACAGGAAGAAAGGCAGAGCACAUAAUACAGGGAAGAAAGCUCCGCCACGAGCCUUAAAAAGAGUGUCACACUUAGGUUGCCUAAUAACAGGAUGUGAUAAUCUAGAACAACCGCUACUCCUAAUGCAAACAGCUUGCAACAAUAUUGGUCUGGAGCUAGGAAUAGACAUGUAUUUAGCAAUGAAUUGUGCUGCUCAUGAAUUAAUGGAUUAUGUUAAAGGAAAAUAUGAAAUACUCACUGGAACGUUCAAAAGUCCUGAUGAAAUGGUUGACAUGUAUGUGGAACUGAUUAAUAAAUUUCCUUUUAUUAUUGCAUUAAUAGAUCCCUUAAGAAAAGAGGACAGACAACAAUGGAAUAACAUAUGCUGUGCUCUUGGUUCCAAAUGUUACCUGGUUGCUGAAGAUGCUGCCACAUAUAUUUCCAAACUUAAAAUUGACCAAAACAUAAACAUACCAACAUGCAGUGGUGUUGUCCUAAAAUAUAUUAACCAAACCAUGGUAUCAGACCUCAUACAAGUUACUGGACUUCUGGACAGUCAAAGACAUAUUACCAUAUUAGGAAGUCCAGAUGGAGAAUCUUCUGAUGAUAGCAUUGUGGAUCUGGCUGUUGGACUGGGUGCCAGGUUUAUCAAGUUGGGAGGUCUUUCCCGCGGAGAAAGAGUGACCAAAUACAACCGCCUUCUUGCUAUAGAGGAAGAACUGGCCAAGAAUAGAACGCUACGUGAAGCAAAUCUUGAGUUUAUUGCUUUUGCUGAAGAAUCACAUCCAGAAAAACAACUUUCUGAUAUGCUUCCUCCCCCAAAGCAGGAUUCGUUGCCUCCACAGCUCUCCCAGCCAGCCCAGGAGGUUAGAGGCCUGCCUGCUCAGCUCCCGGAGAACAGCACACUGACCUAGGCUGUCAACAUUAACUUUAGGAUAAAUUUCUAAAAAAAAUAGUAAGAAACUCAUAUAUUAACUAUUCCUUAAUCCAUUUAUUUUCAAGCACUUUAGCUAAACAUUUUUAAAAGCAUUCAGACACUAGCUUCUCUUUUCCCAGGAGACCGUUGCUUUCAGCUGAAACCAAGUUAACUGAGCAGCAGCUACAGUUUGAAAAUACCACAAAAUUCUGUGCUGUAUUUACAAAUUGACAAAACAAACACCUCUGUGUUAAGUCAAACUAAAUGUUUGUUUUGGGAAAGGCGAAAUCUCUCUCCAUACAAAGAGUGACCUAUUGACAAACAGUAAAAAAAAAAAAAAAAAAAAUUUACAAAAAACAAAGGCCUUGACUGUUACGCUGCUCCAUCCCCCCACGCACCCUCAAUGCUGCUCUUAGAUCUGGCCUACAAGGGAAAUU